AUGGAAGUGUGCGACUGCGUCGUCGCUGGUUUACUAUUGAAAAAAAGGGCAAAACGGGCCGCCAUCCCUUCCAUGGUUAUAUUCUUGUUUUUGGCUAUGCCUUCUUAUCAUGAAAAGCAGGGAAAGGCUGCUUCUACCAAGGGAGAGAAAGUUAUCCAGCAAAGGGGAUUACACGAGCUCAAACUCAGUAAAUGCAUCUCACCUAUUGGUGUUAUCAGGCACAGUGUUCGGAAUCGACAGGUGGAGCACCUACAAAUGGUGCAAGAGGGUGAAUUGAGUCAAAAAGCUCCGUUGCACUUACCUUUGAACGCUCUGUAUCAACUUGGUUCCUAUCCCGUUGAUGAGGAGGCUUUUGGGGAGGUGCUCGCCUCUGAAUCACAGCAGAGCUCCCAUACCACCCAAUUUCAAUCGCAAUUCACCAUGCAAGAGUAA